AGCAUAUAUCGGCGUGCGAUGUGACCUCGUGCGGUAGAACGUAGUGCACAUGCUCCCAUAGCGAUGUGGUAUGAUUACAGAAGGUAUACCAUGUGCUGAAGAAUGAGUGCGCCAGCAUUCUUCCUACCGGACGUUACAGAUAUCGGGAGGCAGGGCUUCGGAGACGCUGUCGUCGCUAAGGCUCGAGAGAGGAAGCGGCGCGCAAACGUGCUUGCGGGGCGAUCUGACCAGUCGCACAUGCACCCUGAAGCACAACUGUGCGUGCCGAGUAGGGUGCCCAUAUGUUCAAACGCGGAUGCAAUUCCAAUGUAAAGAGACAUAUAAGAGACUGGCUGUCGUCGGGCAACCACAACGAGCCUAGCCUUGCCUCACUUCGCAACCUUUCCUCGGUCCUAAUGAAGUUCUCUGCGGCCUGCAUUUUGCUCUCGGCGCUCCUGGUUAGCUGCCAGGCGGCAGGACUCGUCGCAAAACGUCAAUCCAGCGGAUGCACCUGCGGUGGCAACUCAUACACCUCUUCCGAUAUCAAGGACGGCAUAGAGGCUGCAAAGGACGGAGGUUCAGGGGACUACCCUCAUCAAUACCAUGACUAUGAGGGCUUCGACUUCCCGUCAUGCAGCGGAACGUUCUACGAGUACCCACUCGAGUCUGGGUCCGCUUACGACGGCGGUAGCCCGGGUGCUGACCGUGUCAUCUACGAUGAUGACGGUGAUUUUUGCGCAUGCAUCACCCAUACCGGUGCUUCCAGUAAUGACGGAUUUGUCGAGUGUUAGAUACCUGCACAACCAUGCUGUACUCUUCUGCAUACUAUCGCACCAUUGGCUGGCAAAGAACCUAGUCAGAAAUCAUAUCGCAUAAGGCAGUAUCAACGGCGUCACCGAAUGGCAGACUCGACAGCAAUGCAUGAUGAUACAGUGGGGAAAUC